CACCUCGGACCCCGGUUUCUUCGAGUUCUCACUCUGUAUUGGACAGUCGCUCAGUCUAGACGCUCUGGGAAUGGGAUCUUUUGUAGGAAUCAAGAAAAACUUUCAGUUCUUUCGAGUUUACCCACUCCAAAGGCUACUCUUUAUUCUACGAGAAUAGCUUCAGGAAAAGAAAGGAGAGGGUAAUUAAUUAUAGGCCACACCAAUGUAAGAAAAAAAGAAGGUAAGAAAGGAGCAGUUGGAGGAUAAGAAAGGGAACGAAACGAAACAUAGAUGGGAUAAAGUCAUUUAAAAUCGCAUUGUACUAUAUGUGUAAUAUAUGCUUUAGCUUGCAGUUUAGAUAAUCGUGUAUUAUACCAUAGCGGUGGUGCAUUGUGAACGCAGUAGUUAGUCGCGAAAAUCACUCAAUUAAGUAAUAGCCAACUUGUAGCAACAAAAUAGAAAUUAUAAUAACUCUGUAUUGUAAGCUCCUGAUAACAUAUUACCUGUACAAGUGCGGAGAAUUCCUAAAAGUGCAUAUCAUUAAGUGUAUGGCGAGGAGAAGUGAUAAUAUAUAUUUCAGUAUUUCACCAUAAGCGGAUAUGGCAAAGUGGUUCAAAGAUUUCCCCAUGACUUUGAAGAACGGUACCGACAGGAUCCGCUCCGCAUCAGAAUCUGGCUCCCAGACCCGAGCCAAGCCCGUUUCGGCAGCUGGGAAAGGGACUCAGCGCAAAAAUUCGGGAGUUGAGGGAAUUAGUGGUGGGGUGGGCUCGCUCCUGUCCGGUAGAAAUCGGAAAAAUUCGUCUAUGGAUAUGGGUCGGAAUGGCACCGCCACCAGCGGUGUAACUAAAGACGUGAAAGUUUGGGAUAGUUUACUUCCAGGCAAGGGUCGGAAAAAUUCCAAGGUCGAGACAGGAUUAGAAGAGUAUCGUUCACUUAAAACGUCAACGUUUGCACAUACCUACAUCAGCAGGCUGAUCAAGGUAGACAAACAAGACAAGAACCAAAACUACAAUAGCGGUACUGGCGGUCAAGUGGUACCAGAAACAGAGAAAGCAACGGCAGCUAGCAAGACAGAAGCGCUGAUCAUUUUGGAGGACUACGCAGACCCCUUUGAUGCACAAAAAACCCGGGAGCAGAGGGAGGCGGAGAGAGAGGGAGAGAACGACGGGUACAUGGAGCCAUACGACGCCCAGCAGAUGAUUACAGAAAUACGACGCAGGGGAUCAAAGGACCUGCUGAGUGUGAAGUGUGUCCUGCUGGAGGGGGGAGAGGGAGCCGCAGAGGAGGGCCGACCCAGCCCUCCCCUCAUAUAUGACACCCCGUAUGAGGGGGGAGUGGAGGGGGAGGUGGGAGGAGUCUGGAGCCCGGUCACCCGGCCGGAGCUGGACCCCCGUCCACCUACUGACUACGAGCUGCCCUGGGAGUGGAAGAAGGAGCAGAUUGUGAGAGUCCUGUCAGCUCAGUUUGAGGGAAUUGAGCACCCCUCCCUCGCCAAAGAGGAACCCCCCCACCCCACACGGCAGCAGCAGCAGCACCUGCGGCAAAAGAGCCUGGGCCAAAAGAUCCUCAAAUCCUCCCCUCCCCCUGCCUCCUCUCCCAGCCCCACAUCCGAGGUGGAGACUGCUAAGGUUGACCCCACUCUGCCCCUGGAGAAACAAAGCUGGUACCAUGGCUGCAUAUCGCGGCAGGAGGCGGAGUCACAGUUGCAGUCCUAUAAAGAGGCCAGCUUCCUUGUGAGGGACAGCGAAUCAGGCACUAGCAAGUACUCUAUCGCUCUCAAGACCAGCCAGGGCUGUGUGCACAUCAUCGUGGCUCAGACCAAAGAGAGCGGCUACACCCUGGACCAGAGCAGCUGCGUGUUCCCCAGCAUCCCCGAGGUGGUGCACCACUACUGCGCCCAGCAGCUGCCUUUCAAUGGGGCCGAGCACAUGACCCUGCAGCACCCCGUGCCCCGACCUCACUGACUCACUGACUCCGCCCCCCAUCUCUCUCUGCCCCUGGGCAGGUCUCUGAUCUUACUCAUUUAUUUUCAUAAUCUGGCCCUGUCACUUUCUUUCAGAUACUCACUUGAUCUCACCCACACUCUUAUCUUUAUGUUUUGCUCUCCUUAUGACUGUUUGUUUUCUUUUUAUCAAACCAUGUCAUAUAUUUUUGUCUAGUGUUGACAAUACCCAUUUCAGUUUAGGGCAAAUCUUUCAAAUACGUAAUUAGAAUAACAAUAUUUAUCAUAUUGCCAUUUUAUCUUCUGUUCCCCAUAACUCAUCCUCUCUUUGCUUUUUCCUGUCUGCUGUCACUGUUUAUGACGAAUAUAAAAUAACUGUCCUUCAAUGUGACUCUUGAGCUAUCUGCCGCAUAAACGAGCAUAAGAAGUCAAUCUCACGUCCCCCUCUAGUGGACAAGCUGUUAAACUACACCAAAACACGAGCAAUGCUGAAAGGUGAUAUAAAUUCACAAGUCCUUUCUGCUUUAGGAUUUACAGACACACUACAUUAAGAAUAUUUUGGUACAGAGAAAAUCUACCUUUCUUUUUAUUUCUAUCUCCAAUGCAUUGCAUGUGAAUGUAAUCUCCCCCACCCCCUUGUAACCCAUGGAGUGAGUAGGCCCAAUACAAUGUGCUGCCUUCAGUAUUGACCUUUGCCUGAUAACCAGCCUUAGCUUAAUGACCAAAAAUCAAUACUGGAAAUCAAAGUAUGCUGAGUUAUCAACUGAAUCAAUGCUGGUGUAUUGAACUGGGCACUGGUAAAGAUUCCCAUUGACUGGACUUAUUUCAGAUGAGGAGCGAGAACUAUUUUCACUUCCCCUUCAUGCAUCUACUUAGUUUAGCAAUGGUUAGUUGUAUCUUUACUCAUAGUAAUCUUUACUAGUGCUAAAUAAAUUGUCUUGCAAACUAUUGUUAUCAAUAGUUAUUGAAUUAAUGAAAAAAACUGUUUCAGACAAAGAAUGCCAAAGCUUGUUUUAAAAAAAUUAUGCCGUAAAAUGUUUUGUUGCAGUCUGUUGUACAUAUAUACAGUGUGUUAAUGAGUAACCAUGAAUUAUUUGACAUUAUUAAUAUCAAUAAAGUUUGACAUCAAUAAUUGA